GGUCACGGUGAACCAAACACCAACCGACGAAUUCGCAUGUUGCCUCACAUGUCUUCCCUUUAACCUGACAGAAUCAACUGCCAGGUAACUCACCAACAGCCGGCAGACACGCGGCAACUGAUGCUUGCGCAAAGCGACAGAGGAUUCCCUCCGUUCUUCCGUUCCCUUCUGCUUUUCCAACUGGAAAACAAAACGCCGACGAUAUCCAUCCACGAAGCCAAACAGCAUCCCGCAGCUUCCAACACAAUAUAGCCUUUUGGCCCUUCAACCCUAAGCGACCGUCGCCAAAAGAUUUUAUACAAACAAGAAGAGGACUGCCACGCGAUGAGCAUUGACGAGGCAAAGGAGGGCGGCGGAGGCCCUGCCAUGUCUCCUCGCGCUUUUGCGAUUGCGCACCAGAGGGACAGGGGUAGCUUCGUGGGUUGCUCUAGGAUUGCCGACUAUGAAGUCCUGGGUAAACUGGGCGAGGGUACCUUUGGUGAGGUUCACCGCGCGAGGUCGAGGAAAACAGGUGCCCUAGUUGCGCUCAAGAAGAUCAUUAUGCACAACGAGAGAGAUGGGUUCCCCAUUACCGCUCUCCGAGAAAUCAAGUUGCUCAAGCUUCUCUCACAUAAAAACGUCUUGCGCUUAGAGGAGAUGGCGAUUGAGCAUCCACCCAGAACCGACAAGCGAACAAGACCUAUCGUGUACAUGGUCACGCCCUACAUGGAUCACGAUUUAUCCGGCUUGCUCGAUAACCCUUCAGUUCGCUUCACAGAACCACAAGUCAAGUGUUAUCUGUUGCAGCUGCUAGAAGGUCUCCAGUAUCUGCAUGCGAACCACAUUCUUCACAGAGAUAUGAAGGCGGCCAAUCUUCUCAUCAACAACAAGGGUAUACUACAGAUUGCCGAUUUUGGUUUAGCGAGGCAUUACGAGGGCGACAUUCCUCAGCCCGGAAAGGGGAGUGGCGAAGGGAAGCGUGACUACACUAGCUUGGUGGUGACUAGAUGGUAUCGCCCCCCUGAGCUUCUGAUGCAUCUGAAGAGGUAUACCACAGCGAUAGAUAUGUGGGGUGUUGGAUGCGUGUUCGCAGAGAUGCUGGAAGGAAAGCCAGUAUUGCAGGGCGAAAGCGAUCUUCACCAGUUAGAGCUCGUUUGGGACCUUUGCGGAACACCAUCUGAGGAGACGAUGCCCGGAUGGAGGACCUUACCCGGUGGCCAAGCAUUCGCAUCAAAGCCCAGGCCAGGAAACCUGACGCGCAGAUUCGAGAAGCACGGACCCGUGGUUAUUUCGCUGCUCAAGGAGCUGUUCAAGCUUGACUGGAGGUCACGCAUUAACGCGAUCGAUGCUCUCAACCACCCAUAUUUCCGGACCGCGCCACUACCAGCUCAACCUGGCGAUCUACCAACGUUCGAGGAGAGUCACGAAUUUGACAGGCGCAAAUUCCAAGACAGGAAAGCGGCGUUACCGCCUGCGCCUAAGGGAGGCACCGUGGGUCGCGGGGCUGUUGUUGGUGGCCAAGGCCCAGAUACCGGAUUCAGCGGUAGAGAUGGCUACGGAGGUGGUGGUCGGAAUGGCCCAAACGGCGGCAGAUACCCGCCAUACCACCGCGGUCCUCCACCAGGCGACGAGCGCGUUCCCUCGUGGCAUAGUGCGCGGGGGUUGCCACCACGACCUCCGAUGCCCGCAGACUACCAUAACGGGCCGAUUGACCAUCCCGAUGGGUACCGUGACCGUCCACCACGUAGGGGUCCCGGUGGACCGCCAGGAGGGGGAGGUGGUCCGAGUAAUGUAGACACCUACAUCCCCAGCUACGACCGUGACGGGCCCGCGCCGCGCCGAGAAGACUGGCGCCGCCGUGACGACUGGGACGACAGGCGAGGAGGAGUGGACCGGGAUAGGAGACGGCCUGAAUACGAUGUUAGGAGCCGUGACAGCAGGACGAGGAGCCGAACACGCAGCAGAUCCCCGGUUCGCGACCGUGAUCGAGGUCGGGACCGUGAUGCCUAUGCGCGAAGAUAGAGUUCUUCGCCUGGUGUGGGAGGCUCUAAUACUCGCAGUCCUGAGAGUAACAGGAGUAACUCGGAGGAAGACGAGUGCAGUACCCCUUAUGGGUAUGACAGUUAUAAGCCCGAUAGGGAUGAGCAGGACAGUAGCCCUGAGGAAGGCGGGUAUUCGCCUCUUUGGGUGUGACAGUCAUAGGCCCAAUUGGGUUCCUGGUGACAGUUAUAGACCUAGUGGAGGUGAUGGGACGACCC